AUGUCCAAGAUUGCUGUCUCUUCUGCCUUGAGGGAAUUGAGAUUCCAUUUGUCUCAGACUGGUGAGGCUUCCAAGCCCUUGAGAACUUUUUUGGUCAAGAAUUACCCCGCGCUCAAGACCUCCACCAACUACAAAUUGCCCAUCUUAAUCAGAGAAGCAUUUGGGGUGCCUCCAAGUGUCACAGCCAGAUUUGAGAAGGGCAGAGAAGUUAAGAACAAUUUGGAUGGCUUGAAAGAGUCUGAAAUUGAAGCAGCUGUGAAGUCUUUGAUCAAGUAG